GCCACAGCUUGAGAGGAGGGAGGGUUCUCAGGAAGAGGAAGCUGAGCGGUGGUGUGGACAUUCCCGCCAAGCUGCCUGUCGACUUCCCGGCUUUUUUUGAUUCCUCAUUGGAUGAUGAGAAUUCAGGUGAAUCUCCUCUCAUCUCGAUAUUAGGAGAAUAUACAGACUCUCAGGAAGGCUCUUUCCCGGUUGUAGCGGACACAAAGGUUCCCUGGUCGGACGAGGAGACGCUGCACCUGCUCGACAUCUGGGGGAAGGACUCGGUGCAGCGGGCGCUGAAGGGCUGCUUCAAAAACCGCCACAUAUUCACACAGAUCGCACACAAGAUGGCGGAGAGGGGCUACAUGAGAACGGUGGAACAGUGCCAGACGAGGAUCAAGCGGCUGAAGAAAUGCUUCCGUCAGAACAAAGGAAACUCAAAGCUGGAGCAUAAGUUUUACGAGCGGCUGGAGAGCAUCCUCCGCUCCUCCGCUCCUUCUGCUCUACCUGAAGUCACCUACGACGUGGAGGAGGUCCCUGAUGAGGACGAGGCCGAUGAUGACCUGCAGGUUCUGGGGCACACGAGCCGUCAGGAAAUAGGUACUCGAAGCGUCCCGUGGACAGACAUGGAGUCGUUGACCCUCAUACACACGUGGGGCGACGACCAGAUGCAGCAGGAGCUGAGGGGGAUGCACAGAACCGGACACAUCUUUUCCAUCAUCUCCAACAAGAUGGCGACUCAGGGCUUCUCCCGGACGCCGGAGCAGUGCCAGACGAGGCUCAAGAGGGUGAAAUCAAACUUCAGGCAGUGCUACCAGAACAACUUGAAAGGACUGACGCGUGUUGAGUGCAAGUUUUACAACGAGCUGGGGAGAAUUCUAGUGAAGGACUUUUCUCCAGCGGCGCAGAUGAAUGAAAUCCCAGGAGAGCUCGAAGACAACGACUUCUCGGCCUACUCCCACAAUGAGACCGAUUCUGUUGUGGGGGUUCAAGAAGACAGGAAGAAAGUGGCCUGGUCGGACAAAGAGACAGUCAUCCUUCUGGAGAUAUGGGGAGACCCGGAGGUCCAGCAGUGCCUGGGACGUUACCCUCACAACGGCCACAUCUUCACUCAGAUCUCAGAGAAGCUCUUAGCCAAUGGUUACUCCCGCAGCGCAGACCAGUGCCACACCCGCAUCAAACGGCUCAAAUCCAACUAUCGCCAGUGUCAAGAAAACAUGAGCUCACCGGGGACAGAUCGAGUCGAUUUCAAGUUCUACGAGCUGCUGGAACAGAUCCUGGACAAGCAGCCGUCGACGUCUUCCACUGUGAUACCUGACUCCAUCGAAAUAUCAGAGGACUCCAACAGUGAAUCAGUGACGGAAACAGAAGGAGAAAUCAGCAUGUCGACAGAGAAGCCAGCGUCCGGCACGUGGUCUGACGAGCAGACGCUGGCGCUCAUCAACAUCUGGGGCGAGGUGGACGUCCAGAGGACGCUGAGGGGGUUCGUCCACAACGGACACGUGUACGCCGACAUUUCGGGGAGAUUGGAGGAGCUCGGUUUCUCCAAGACCUCGGAGCAGUGCCGCUGGAAAGUCAAGGCCCUGAGGAACAACUUUCGACAGUGCUACGACAGAAAGAAAUCUGGGAGACGAGUAGAUUACAGAUUCUACAACCAGCUGGAACAAAUCCUGGGCCAGGAGGCGGUUUCUAUGGAUGAUUAUGAUGAACGAGAGCAACAAGCCGAUCCGGAGCCAGGGAUGGAUGGUUUGAACACAGUGUGGACGGAGCAGGAGACGGUCUCUCUCGUGGAGGUGUGGGCCGAGGACGACGUGCAGCACAGCCUGAAAACCUGCGUCCGCAACGGCCACAUAUUCGCCGACAUAUCGGAGAAAAUGACCACGAUUGGAUUCCCGAGGUCAGCGGAUCAGUGCCACUCCCGGAUCAAACGGCUGAAGAAGACCUACAGGCGCUACUGCAACAGCCGGAGGAACGGAGGACGUCCCGCGGCGUUUCGAUACUUCCAUCUUCUGGCUCCGGUGCUUGGGGACAACACUGUUGUGUCAGACAUGGACAGUUCAGCUGCUGACGCCACCUUACAGCCCUUUAUGGACAAUGAUCCUGACUUGUACGAGCAGCCCUCCACCAGCCACCUGCUGGUCGACCUGAGCAGGAAGAUGCCCUGGUCGGACCAGGAGACGCGCACCCUGCUGGAGAUCUGGGGCGAGGACAGCGUCCAGCUCACGCUGAGGGGCUGCCUGAAAAACCGCCACGUGUUUGAGUACGUCUCCGAGAAGAUGGGCAACCGAGGGUUCAUCAGGACGUCGGAGCAGUGCUACACCCGCAUCAAGCGCCUCAAGCACGGCUUCCUGCAUGAGAAGGAGGAUUAUAAGUACUUCAAUGAGAUGGAGCAAAUCUUCCGGAAGGAGCUGAAAGUCGACGGCUCGGUCGCAGACACGUCGGCCACAGAGGAGGCGGAGGACAUGUCCCCUGAACCGAGCCAAAACAAAGCCGCCUCCAGUAACCAGUGGGUGGUUGACAGCGCCAAGCUGGCCUGGAGCGACGGGGAGACCGAGGCCCUGCUGGACAUCUGGGGGAGCGAGGAGAUCCAGGAGAACCUGAAGGGCUGCACCAAGAACAAACACAUCUUCAUCCAGAUCGCUCAGGUCAUGGCCACCCAAGGUUACCUGCGCAGUCCGGAGCAGUGCCAGACCCGGAUCAAGAGGCUGCGCGCCAACUUCCGACACUUCCUAGAAGGCAGAAAAGGGGAAAAGCAGGAGUGCAAGUACUUUGACCAGUUGGUGCAGAUAUUUGGCAACAAGUACUCGACGACCUCCGACCCCCUGGCUGAAGAAGCCGAUACUGCAGAGUCAUGAGGCUGUCGAACAUCAUGAGGACGACACAGCAGAAGCAAAACAAAGACACAUUCAGAGGAGAAAAAAUAAUAAGGACAUUAAACCAGAAUCUGUGAUAUGUUCCGCAGUAUGUGUGUUUAUGUGUGUGUGUGUGUGUGUGUGUUUGUUUACAGAUGACAGAGCAGAGUCUAACAAGGCUCACUGGAAUUUACUUUUUGCCUCUGUUUAUAUAUACUUAAAAUACUUUUACAUUCUUCAGAUACAAAGACCUACUUUAGGCUGUUGUGUGCGUGUGUGUGUAUGUCUGUUUGUGUGUGUGUGUGUGUGUGUGUUUGCGUCCCUUGACUAGAGUGUAAUGUGAUUUUUAACUUGAGAGCCAUGCCACUAAUACAGGGAUGCUCAGGGUUUGAUGAAACAAUAGUAGAAAUAUCUGAUCUUGAUGGUGAAAGUUUGAAAAAAAGUUGUCUUUUCUAAUAUUGAAUUAUUUUGUACUUGAAUUUAAAGAGAGUGACUCAAAGCACAUGCAAAAAGAAAGACACGCAAGGCCUCUAUCACUGUAACCACAGCCUACAUUAGCUUUUUCUUUCCUGCCUCACUUGUUAAAUAUUCUGUCUUUGCACUUCUUUGUAAAUGUUUGAAAUCUGACUGCUGAAAGUUUAAAUUCUUUAAGUUUAUUUUCUGGUGAGUGAGAAUUUAUUUAUUUAAAGGUUCUGUUUACAUGUGUGUUCCAAAGUUUUCUUAUUAACUUUGAAUAUGUUUUUCCUUUAACAUUUUUUAUUUUUUUUCAUAAAUAUGUAGAGUUUGUUGAAUUCAUUAAAAUAAACUUGAAAUGUGA